AUGGGGUUGAAAACUCUCUGUUUGGGGAUGUUUUUUGUUAUCUUUGUCUCUCAUAUUUAUACACCCCUACCGGCCAACAUUGAAGAAAGCUGGAAAGUAAUGGUCUUGGAUACAAUUGCUAAAACUUGUACAUUCAUGGCCAUAUGUUUUGAAAAUAUAGGUAUCAUGAGAUAUGAAGAGUUUAUUUCCAUGAUAUUCCAUCUGGAUUAUACUGAACCACAGUCAGAUGAGUACGUCACAGUGACUGAUACUACAUUUGUUGACAUCCCAGUACGUCUGUACGUGCCAAAGAGAAAGUCAGAAACCCCGAGACGAGCUGUAAUCUAUAUUCAUGGCGGUGCUUUCUGUUUUGGAAGCUUCAAGCAGACAGCUCUCGACUUCCUAAACAGAUGGACGGCAAAGACACUAGAUGCUGUCGUCGUAGGAGUAGACUAUAGACUAGCUCCUCAACACCACUUUCCAGCACAGUUUGAAGACUGCCUAACUGUAGUCAAGUAUUUUCUUCAGGAUAAAAUUCUUACAAAAUAUAGAGUGGAUCCUACCCGAAUCUGUAUUUCAGGAGACAGUUCUGGAGGUGCGUUAACAGCAGCAGUGACUCAAAAGGUACAGAAUGAUCCUGAAAUAGAACAUAAAAUCAAAGCACAUGCUUUACUUUACCCUGCCUUACAGGCAAUUGAUUCUUACUUGCCAUCUCACCGAGAAAAUGAGCAUGGUGUAAUUCUGACACGAGAAAUGGCCAUAAAGCUGGUCAGUUUGUAUUUCACCAGGGAUCAAACACUUCCCGAGGCAAUGAGAAGAAACCAAUAUAUGCCACUGGAAUCAAGACAUCUGUUUAAGUUUGUUAACUGGAGUACUCUUCUUCCUGUGAACUAUAAGAAGGACUACAUUUAUACUGAGCCAAUUCUUGGAAGAGCUAGCUUUUCAUUGCCAGCACUUAUGGAUGACAGAGCAUCACCCUUGUUGGCCAAUGAUUCCCAGUUACAGAAGUUGCCACUAACCUAUAUCCUUACUUGUCAACAUGAUCUCAUAAGAGAUGAUGGACUUAUGUAUGUUUCAAGACUUCGAAAUGUUGGAGUUCAAGUUGCUCAUGACCAUAUGGAGAAUGGAUUCCAUGGAGCUUUAUCAUAUAUGACAUCACCAUUUUAUUUACAUCUAGGUCGUAGGAUAAGAGACAAGUACAUUGAUUGGUUGGAUAAAAACUUAUAA